AACGACUCCGAAUCAUCUAUAUGCUGAACAGCCGUACCGAGCUGUCUUCAAGGAGAAAUACAUCGCUCGUUUGUUUCUAAAUAGCUGCACAAAAGGAGUGAAAAGCCAAGAAGACGAAGUCUUUUUUUUUUUUUUUUCAUUUUUCCUCGUGGGAGAACUUAAUGCUGCAUUUAUCAUUCACCUAGCACCCUCAUAAAACAAAAGGAAGAAAAAGGAGGAAGGAAGGUGAUUCCGGGAAGAGUUGAUCAUGUCAGGGCGGCCCAGAACCACCUCCUUUGCGGAGAGCUGCAAGCCGGUGCAGCAGCCGUCAGCUUUUGGCAGCAUGAAAGUUAGCAGAGAUAAGGAUGGCAGCAAGGUAACCACAGUGGUGGCAACUCCUGGGCAGGGUCCAGACAGGCCACAAGAAGUCAGCUACACAGACACUAAGGUGAUUGGAAAUGGAUCAUUUGGUGUGGUGUAUCAAGCCAAACUGUGUGAUUCAGGAGAACUGGUUGCCAUCAAGAAAGUUUUGCAAGAUAAGAGAUUUAAGAACCGAGAGCUCCAGAUCAUGAGAAAGCUGGAUCACUGUAACAUAGUGCGGUUGCGCUACUUUUUCUACUCAAGUGGUGAGAAGAAAGAUGAAGUCUACCUUAACCUGGUGCUGGACUAUGUUCCGGAAACAGUGUACAGAGUUGCCAGACACUAUAGUCGAGCCAAGCAGACGCUCCCUGUGAUCUAUGUCAAGUUGUAUAUGUAUCAGCUGUUCAGAAGUUUAGCCUAUAUCCAUUCCUUUGGAAUCUGCCAUCGAGAUAUUAAACCACAGAACCUCUUGUUGGAUCCUGAUACAGCUGUCUUAAAACUCUGUGACUUUGGAAGUGCAAAGCAGCUGGUCCGAGGAGAACCCAAUGUUUCAUAUAUCUGUUCUCGGUACUACAGGGCGCCAGAGCUCAUCUUUGGAGCCACUGACUACACCUCCAGCAUAGAUGUGUGGUCUGCGGGUUGUGUGUUGGCUGAGUUGUUGCUAGGACAACCAAUAUUUCCGGGGGACAGUGGUGUGGAUCAACUGGUGGAAAUAAUCAAGGUCCUGGGAACACCAACAAGGGAACAAAUUAGAGAAAUGAACCCAAAUUACACAGAAUUCAAAUUCCCUCAAAUUAAGGCACAUCCUUGGACAAAGGAUUCGUCAGGAACAGGACAUUUCACCCCAGGAGUACGGGUCUUCCGACCCCGAACUCCACCCGAAGCAAUUGCACUGUGUAGCCGUCUACUGGAGUAUACGCCCACUGCCCGCUUGACGCCACUGGAAGCUUGUGCGCACUCCUUCUUUGAUGAAUUACGGGACCCAAAUGUCAAACUACCCAAUGGGCGAGACACACCUGCGCUCUUCAACUUCACCACCCAAGAAUUGUCAAGUAACCCACCUCUAGCCACCAUCCUCAUUCCUCCUCAUGCUCGGGUUCAAGCAGCUGUUUCAACCCCUACAAAUGCCACAGCAGCCUCCGGUUGAACACUCUUCUAACAGAAAAGGGAAUCAUAAAAGUUGGAUAAGAUGCUAACGCUGGAGACCGUGGCCAGACCAAUAACGCCGCUUCCGCAUCAGCGUCCAACUCCACCUGAGCAGUCGCGAGGAGCCAGCCGCACAGGAGAAACACCAGUUACUUGAGUGUCACUCAGCAACACUGGUCACGUUUGGAAAGAAAAUUAAAAAGAGAAAAAAAAAACCUGUCCAUUUUAGGGUUCAGUUCUUUUUAUUAUUGUUUUUCUUAUUUAACCUUGUAAAAUAUCUAUACAUACAAACCGAGUUCGUUGUAUUCUCAGUUUGCAGGAGACCCAGGGGCGGGAGGGAGGGGGAGGGAAGCGGAGCACUAGAACAGUCUCCCUCCCACGACAAUCCUGUGCUUUUUGUUACAUUUUUUUUCUUUAAAUCAAAGUCUGCUAUUGUAUACUUCAAAAAGGACUCCUGCCUCGUGCCCCUUCCAUGAAAGAAGAAAACCUUGUUCUGUGCUGAAGUUUAUUUUUUGAACUUUUCCCUUUUAAAGUCUAGUUUCAGACUUUGGUAUCGUGCACAGCUUGAAAUUGGUUGGGAGCUUCGCAGGUGUAACGUAAAAGGGACUUAAAUGUCACUUUAAGAUUGAUCCGUAGCCUCGGGGAUUCGAAGACUUGCCUUUGGCAUGUUGCUGGCAGGUAUGGCAGACAAGAAAGGAAAUUCUAUUGUCCGUAGCCCAGGGAGGUUACUGACGUUUGGAUCUCUAAGAUGCUUAGUUACCAGUGCGAGCCUCACCGCUCCAGGGAGCAGCAAGCAGGACUGACCGCAGCCCUUGGGCUAGGGUGGCCCUUUGUUCGCCCAACCAAAGGCUCUCUGCCCACGGAGGAGGAGACCCGAAAGAGUGGAGCAAGCCGCUCUGGACACAGGCCAGGAAGCUGAUGAGCCUAUAGGAAGGGGACAGGUCAAGGGCAGAUCUCACCACUGUGAAUGAAUUUGUCCAGAGCUUUUCUAAAGUCACUUCCCUUAAAAAGAUGCACUUGAGAAAGUACAUGGUAGUUAACAAUGUGAGCUGUAACCGUCUACUGCUUUGUUUUUCAUAUUUUUAAUUGAAAAUCAAGAUUGCAAGAAUUGCCGCAUUCUUACGCGUAGUUCUAAUUUUAAACCCAAAUGUAGAAUCUGUAUUUAAUUUCAGCUUUUUUAACCUCAUGCUUUUUAAGUUUAUUUAUUGAUGCAUGUCAGAUAGGCCAUUAUAAUUUUAGAUGAUGGUAGGGGUAUUAAAAACUACACAUCAAAAUUAUAAACAGUCACUUGUACCUGCUGACUUUAUAUAUAAAUGUGUGUAUAUGUUAUAUAUACAUAUUCAAUACUGCCUUUUCUUUUUUUUUUUUUUGUCUACAGUAUCAAAAUUGACUGGUUGAAGCAUGAGAAAAAUGUUUACCCCCAAACCCAGUUAAGACUUUUUGUUUUCCUCUGUUUAUCAGUGAAUGGUGUAAGAACCAGUCUCUUGUUUUUUGAAGAAAAAGCAAUAUUCCUUGGAAAGCAAGGAGGGUUGAAGGAUUAUGUUUGCAGUGAGAAAUAGUUUGUCUUAUACUUUUAAGGUUGGUAUUUUUGUGGGCCUUAUAUACUCUAAAAUGAACCUUAGUCACCUUGGUGCUUAUGGGCCAUUACUUGACCUAUGAAUCUUUAAGGCACAAUCAGUUGUAUUUUACAUUUAAAGAUCACUCUUAAGUGAUGGCCACCUUUCCUUCCUACCCACUCCUUCUGCACACACCUCCACGGUUAGCUGGUAACGGUAGGGCUGCAGAACUGAGCCCUAGGUUGUACGUAGCCUCCCUUGGCCCCCCAUCGCCACCUUAGGUCACGUUAGGGGUCCCGCCCUCACGGUGGUUAGGAAGUGGAGGCUCUUAGCAGCCCUCAUGCAGGCUUCAGCAACCUGUCCUGCUUCUUGAUCACGUGGAUGAUUCUAGAAGAGUCAUGCUGCCUGCUGAGUGAAGAGUACCCGGAAAGACAAUGGCGAGCCCUCUGCUGAUCACUGUCUGCUCAGCUAAGCUCUUGGGGCCGCAAAAAGGGCUCCACAAGCCUCUGGUGACAUCAGAGUUCACGGAAAAGGACAUGCAGUCAGUUAGACCAAAUCAAACAAGUGGAGUUUUACUUUUCAAAAAGUGCUUCCGAGAGCUAGCUAAUUAAGAUGUGAGCUAAGCACGAAAUCAAAGUUUCUGACAUCGUAGCUCCUUAACUGGAAUGACUCGGUAGACUUUCAGAGAGACUUUCGAAAGCAUCCGAACCAGGUAGGUCCGUGACUGAUGCGUGUAGUAAAACCGCCCAGCCAGGUACCAGACCUUACUCCAGACUUGGUGUACUUGCUCGAGUCUAUAUAAAUCAGUGCUUGUUUUAGCAAACACCUUCCCCACACGUGGGGUAAGAGACGAAGAGAGGAAAGUGAAGUGCUUUUCUCUCACUUGUGCGCGUGUGGUGUGUGUGCAUGUGAGGGCUGAGGUGCACGGAUUUUCUUUCUCAAGGAUCAUGGCAGGAUCAAAGAACUCUUUUAUACAAGUGAGAUCCAGGUCUCUGAAUAUCUUUUUUUUUUUUUGUAAAUAAUAAUAAUUAAAAGCUCCUCACCAAAUUCAAGCUUGUACAUUAUAUUUUCUUUCAAUGUUUUUAAAUUUAAGUUGUAUUGUUUUGUAUGUAAAUAUGUGGACCCAGGAACUGUUAUUAAUGAGCAAAAAGUUACUGUUCAGGGCAGUGAUUCUGUUUAAUAAUCAGACAAAAUGUAGACGAGCUUUUUAAAGCCAUAUAGUUUUAACUCUGUACAGUAGGUACCGGCCUGUAUUAUUGUAACAAUAACUCUAGCAAUGUAUAGUGUAUCUAUAUAGUUUGGAGUGCCUUCGCGUCCAUGUAUUUGGUUUUUGUUUCGUUUCACUUUUGCUUUUUCAAAUGUUACUUGCUUCCUUCUAGUCAUGUGUCCCUGUCCAUCCCCUCCCCUCUGCACUGACACCACAUCCAUGAUCUCAUUCCCUUCAAGCCUUGCCUCGGUUCUGGUUCUGGUUCUGGUUCUGAAUGUCUGUCCCCUUCUCAGUAACAGCAGCCAGUUUCACUUCAUUCUCAGUCCAUUCAGCGACUUUGUAGUGUUAAGCGUACACAGCCUAGAGCUGAGGACGUCAAAUUAGAUUCGAUUUUGCUUGUCUUGUUCCACAAGCCCUCGCCAUGGUUCUUACACAAACGGCAGAUCCUGGGACUGACCUUCCCACGCUCACUCUCUCCUUCCCUACUUCCUUCCCAAGCGCGAGAAAGAGAGAGACAUUGGUUUAACGGAUCUCGCUACCUUAAGCAUCAGGUUUUGCUGUCUGUCAGUGGUCUGAAUGCCCUGGGGCAGUUACCAGCCACUGCGCCGGGCCUCUUAACCCCUGUUCAACCAAAAGACGGGUUAAUUUCCUUUCUACUGUGUGCCCCCAUAAUAAAGACCUUUAUUUUUAUUUUUUUUUUUUUUUCGAGGUAGGGUCUCACUCUAGCCCAGGCUGACCUGGAAUUCUCUUUGUAGUCUCAGGCUAGCCUCGAACUCACAGGGAUCCUCCUACCUCUGUCUCCUGAGUGCUGGGAUUAAAGGCAUGAGCCACCAUGCCCAGCUGAAGGUCUUUUUUUGCGGGGGGGAAUAAAGCAGGAAAAAAAAUAUUGUUUUUGCCUCCAAGUACUCCAUAUGUCUUGAAUAGAUGAAGAAAAAAAAUCUUUACUAAACCAAAGGUUGCUGUUUUUUGAUACAUCGUGUGUUUGUUCCAGCGAGGUAGAAGACUGUCCCUUCUUUCCAAUGACAUGUUGUGGUGUUUCUUUGAGUCCUCUUGAUCUUGCCAUCCAUCCAUUUGGUUUGUGUUUUAACAAAGUACACCCAACCCGGUCGUCUUCUCUGUGCCCAGCAAAGGUUUCUGAGAGGACUGCUAUAUUCUCUAUCCUUGUGGAUAGAAAGACACUGGCCUUUCGUUUAUUUUCCUCCUUCCUUUUCAAAGGACUUAACUUUGGCAUCUUCCAAAGGAAGCUUGUUUCUUGUUUUAACCCAAAAUUGAAUUGUAUCCGAUUCCUGUUAUGCGUGAUCAUUCUAAUCACAGAGAUGAAUGCUUUUCUCCCCUGUGUGAGAUUCAAGCACGCUUUACAAUAAAGUCCAUCUUCUCUGGUAGAAACCUAAGCCACUGAACGUAAGAGGAGCAGCCAGAAGCACAGCAGAGUCCCGGACUGAGGUCUACCUUUGACAGGCUUUGACAGUAAUCCCUGGGGUCUGGAUUAUUUUCACAAGGGUUAUGCCAUUGUAUUCAAGUUUGUUGCUCCGUUUUGCACCUCAAUAAAAGCAAAUUGACAACCAAUACAUAAGGGGUUAGCUUGUCAAAGUAGACUUCCUUGUGUUAAUUUUUUAAGUUUUUUUUUUCCUUACAAUAUCUGUCUUACAAGCAGAUACAGGUAGAUGUAUGAAAAUGUGCUUGCCUGUAAAAUUUGCAUUUAUAAACGUGUUGCCGAUGGAUCACUUGGGCCUGUACACAUACCAAUUAGCGUGACCACUUCCAUCUUAAAAUCAAAUCUAAACAAAAUUUACUAUAUAUAUAUAUAAAGGACUGUGGGUUGUAUACAAACUAUUGCAAACACUUGUGCAAAUCUGUCUUGAUAUAAAGGAAAAGCAAAAUCUGUAUAACAUAAUUACUACUUGAAUGCCUCUGUGACUGAAUUUUUUUUCAUUUUAAAUAUAAACUUUUUUGUGAAAAGUAUGCUCAAUGUUUUUUUUCCCUUUCCCCAUUCCCUUGUAAAUACAUUUCGUUCUAUGUGACUUGGUUUGGAAAUAGUUAACUGGUACUGUACUUUGCAUUAAAUAAAAAGUAGGUUAGCCUGGAAAUGAAAUUAAAA